AUAUAUAUGCAAAAGAAUCGACAGUUAAACGUGUACAAAAACGGAACCAUCGUGGCCACCUGGUUCAGUGCAGAAUAUUUUCUCUUCGCUUUUCGCCAUUUGAAAGCAACCGCCGAGAUGUCACGAAGUGGUUGCAUGAACAUAAUCACGCGAGACAGAAUCAGGAGGGCAGUACUGGUUGGGUUGCUGUUUCUCGCGUUUCUCAAUUCUGUGAACAGUAUGCCGUACAAGAGAUCUAUGAUCAGGUUGUGCUCGAAAAACCUCAGCGACGCGUUGCACCUGACGUGCAAGGAUCGCGGUUACAACGAACUGCUCUCGUAUAGCUUCGAGGAAGACCCUCCUCAGCAGCAGACGGAGACCACGUCAAUGAGACCGGGGCUUACGGAGGAGUGCUGUUACCGUACGUGCACGUACGCGCAAUUGGAACAGUACUGCAAGCCGUUGAAGACGACCCCCGCGACGACGGACGCCGUAAAAAACCAGGUGUGGAUAGAAAAGAACCGGUACCCGUCCGCGAGGCCGGCUGCCUCAUCGUCGUCGGAAGAGAGAUCGAGGUCGGACAUCGACUACGUCCACCGCGCCGUCAAAUGUAGGAUCCAUGGAUCGAAGGAGGCACGAAGGAAGGGGUUCAGCUCGGAGCACGGCGACGACGCCGUAGGCGGCUGCGAUGACAAGAGAAACUCGACGAGGAGGCAUUGCGCCGGUCAUGGCUGCAAGCACCAACGACAGAGGCGUCGUCGUCUUGACAAGGUAUUCGACAGGAUACUGGCCGAUCGAGUGCUUAACAACAAACCGGUUGUACCGAACGCGAAAUAAUUGAACCGCCAAAAACGCAGAAGCGUAAUUUUCAUACGCCUGACGCCUUCUUCGUUCGUGCACCCUUCAGUCGAGGCAGUUCGAAGGAACCACGAAUUUGGAAACUCAAUUGUAACGAAGAAAGAGAUCGACAUGGAACGGAUCAAAGAGUGGACGAGAAAGUGGCGCGGACUGUAGUCCGAGAGGCUGGAAGCGGACGGAAGAGAGCGUGCAAUCAGUAAGAUGUCUAGUCCAAUAAAACAGUGAUAAAAUUGGUCGUGGUGUUUCCUGGAGCCAGUGGUAAGAGAUCGACGUCCGCGAUGUAAUGGGAAUUAUUAAAAAAUAUCAACGAUUCCCGCGGAUCGCUCGAGUGGACCAUCGCAGCGCUUCAAGGGCGAACCCUGUCUCUGGAAUCAUUGCCGGCGUAGGAUCGUGAAGGUCCUAUCGAUCGUUCGCGGGUAAAUCGCGACUGGAUUUGGGGAUAAAGUAAAAAGAAGAAGAAUACGAGCCGAUAGUCGCGCGAUCUCCUAAUAUAGAAAAAGACUUAAAAACCAAGUGUGGUACACGCCUAACGUAAUGUAUAUCAUAUUACGUACGCAUGUAUAUAUAUUUUUGUUUAACUUUUUCGUUUUAUUUUAUUUUAUUACUAUUUUUGUCUACCAACUUUUUUUCGUUUAAUAAACGUGACGGAGGAUCUUCCUUUUGUUUUCGUUCGGUUGUCGACGAUUCUCGCCCACCCUGUCGAACGAUGAUCUCACUAGUAUUAAAGCCGAUAGAUCGCAUUGGAACGGUGCGAUUCGAAUUACUAACUAAGUUUUAUAAAUUAGUGCUGAACGAACUAGUCACUGUAGGGACAAAGGCACGGCGAGAAGCGACCGGCAACCGCUUGUAAAACGAAAACUGGAAGGCUGUCGGAAUUUCCUCAAGCGAAAAUCGAACGAAACUAGCGACGUUUUUUUUUUUUUUAAUCGGUGCUGUCCAUGCGCGGGAAUUUGUUGAUACGUACUAAUAAUUUAAGGGAUGUUCGUGGUUCUGCCUGGACAACGCUGAUUUCUAUUCCGAUAAGAGGAUGGAGCAGACGCCUUAUGCAAUAGGGAAAUUGAGGCAAAAUUGAACGGUCUUAAUAAUGGUAAUCUUCGAAUCGCUUUAAUAUGUAAUACUAAUGACGGCGAAUGUGUUCGCGCGGGUUAAUACCGUUCAAUUUUGCCUCGUACUGUUAUAGUGAGAUACUCGAGGCACGCUCAAGUGGCGCGAUCGAGGGUUUACGAGCCACCACAGAUGUGUUUAACAAAGACCCUAACCGAUCAUUCAGACGUUUAGUUUUAAAUUUCAUUAGCUAAUUUAUUUAAUUGAACUCUCGACUACGUACACUCGAGUAUGCCGUUUCCCAUCCUCGAUUCAUCGUGUGUAUGCUCGAAAUUUAGUGAACGUAGCGAAGUAUUAGAGGAAGUAUAGUGAAGCAUACAGAAUUUAUAAUAAUAAUUAGACUACGAAUUUUUAUGCAUUUAUAAAUGACAGAAGUGUGGUAAAAUUUUACAUAAUGGAGUAGGGAUAAAAUAUUAGAAGCAAUGUUCGAUGAAUAAAAGCUUAGGCACUUUGUUUUGCAUAAAAAUCCUCAGUCUAAUAAUAAUAUAUAAUAAAAGCAUUGCUGUGGGUAUCGUUUUUGAUAAUAUUAAAUUAUGAAGUUUGCUAUUCAUUAUAGUUCCUCUGACUAGUAUUCAUACAUUGCAAGCAUUUGUACAUAGCAUUCGUUCCUUCGUAAUCAUAUCUGCGAGCUAACUAACCCGAAACGUUUUUAUCUCUAAUUAAAUCUCUAAUUAAAUUUAAUCAAAUGUACUAAGGUAGCUAGCGUAUUUAAGGUAGCUUUCGAAUUUGUUUCACGCCGUUUGCGAAUAUCUUAUGUCACUCGCCACGUGUCGCAUGCAAAUAGAAACGAAUUACAUAUUUGUACCAAUCGAAUAGCUACUUGCCCGCGUCUCGUUCUUCGCUUCCUGUCAUUAAGCGUGGCAAGAGAGAGCGCGAUUUGCACGAGACACGUGGCCGUCUCUUGUGUAACCCGGGUAAUUGUCAGCGAUGGGAUCGACGUAACGUGGCUUGACAAAAAUUUUUUGCAAACUCCUUUUGAUUUCUCUGAAUUUGCAGUGUCAAAUUAAAUAAUUUAGAUCUGCGUCAUUACGUGUCAUUAGAACCAUUUGAGAAUAUAAUAUAUCGUUUCACAGGAAUGCAUUUCUGGCAGAUUGAACCAUUAUCAGGUCACGUUGACGCGAAACGUGCACCAGCAAUAGGAGAGGGAACAAUCGUAGUCUCCUUGUCUUUCUUGAUCGGUUGAAAGAUCUCUCAGAGUUCGAGCUUUAUUAGACGAGUUCGUGACGGUUGAUACGUGGCGCUCGGUUCAGUACACGUGCUUAUCUAAAAUUAGGAACUGUCCUCCUCGACACACUGCCAUUUCACGAUUACUCUUCGUCAAGAC